AGCUAUUUUAGCCACUUUAGGUAAUGUUACUCAGCGGUCAUUGGGUAGCUUAAAUAGCACAUAUUUUUAGAAAUUCGUCACACUAGUCUAAGCCUGGGCGUUAGCCAGAUCUAUACUAUAAAGAUUGAUUAGUACAGUAACAAUGGCUAGUCAUCAGCAGACUUGUGUGCCCGAAACGUCGUUACCUUUUGAAGAGCACGACGUUCCCUUGCCUGUACCUGUAGCAUCAAACACCUGUAACUCCCCCGAAGCAUCAGCUGUCGACGUUUGUUGCUCCACUGACAGCACUGACCACAACGGCUUUUGCUCUCAACUUAAAGAGAACAUGGCCGAGGCGAAUACUAGUGGCUUUGACCGCUUGUUUCAGAGAAUGAAAAGUGACCUAAUGUACGAACUAAGAAACAUUCAACAUGGUGAGAGACCGGUUACAGGACAAGGCAACAGAGAAAACAUUGAGCAGUUCUUGACUAAACAUUUUCCAACAAGCGAUGCUGACACUAACAGUAAAGGUAAUCUGCCAUCAACUGUCCAGAAUGCGGAAGAACACCGUCCUGAAUCUGUUGUUGUGGAGGUACAAGGUAUCAUUGAGCGCCGUCCUGUCUCCUCGAUCCUUCAAUCUGCUGCAUUCAGGCGGCAACUGGAGAAUGUGAUUCGAGGAAGCAUCGGUACUUCUCAGAGACCUCGUGGAAGAAACAGCCCGGUUGCUAGGCGUGAUAAUACUAGCACAGUUAAUGUCCCCGAGUUUGUUCCACCUGUGCCACGACCCAGGUCGACCGCCAUUGCAGCUUCAUCACACUCUACAGAACCAUCUAGUGUAACUCAGACAUGGACCACAGGGCCACCUCUUCCAUUGAUGAGGCAGGCAAGCUCUGAGUCCAUUUCUUCUCUUGACAGUUUUUCAAGUGCAAGAAGCUCUGCUGAUUUGGACGAGGAAAUUGAUGAUGUUGAUGUGGCACAGAGUUCAGAUAUAAAUGAACCUCCCAUCAGCCGACCCGUGAUUGAACGACCAAUUCCGCAUCCAAGACAAUCAGAGAAUGCAGAAACAAGACAGGAUACAGGUUUUGAGAAUUUGUCUUGGAGUGACAUCGGUCAAGUGCAUCGCCAGGAGCUUGUGGAGGAGAUCAGUGAGCUGUUGCACAGUCGCCUUGUGUCUUCGACGUUAGAUGGCGAGUUCAGAGCUACAUUAGAGCUUCUUGUACAGGACCGAGUUUCUUCUUCUGGUACAAAUGGUCAGGCUGUCGAAAACUUUAUAAGGAAUCUCCCAGCAAGUGGGGUUCCUCGCAACGACUUCACUGACCUGGGCAUUCCUCCUGCUCAAGACUUGGACAAUCUGGAUAAUGUUUCUGUGACCAACAUCAGCGCCCACUCUGUGCCUUACACUCAGACGAAUACCCACCUCAGUCGAGAGAUUCAAGGCCUCAAGUCUCAGAUGAUGGAAAUGAAGAACAUGCUGAAGUUGACCUUCGACCUUCAGAUGGACAUUCAGAGAGCUAUCAGGCAAGAGGUUGCUGCUGCUAUGUCACAGUUUGCAGCAGAACAAGGAGCGUCAGGUGGCGCUGCUGCAGUUCCUGUGUCCACCAAACCUGUCAAUGACACCCAUUGUUUGAUUUGUUUGGAGCGCCACUCGGACUGUGUUUUGUAUCAGUGUGGUCAUAUGUGUGUGUGUUAUGUGUGUGGUCGUGACCUGGUUUCUAGAAGUCUGGGGUGUCCUGUGUGUCGAGCCCCGAUCAAAGAUGUUAUUCGAGCUUAUAAAACAAAUGUGGACUGAACACAUUAAUGAGAUUGUGAUGUUUUGUAUCUUUCAUUAUAUUUUCACUCUGUGUUCAUGCUGUAGUACACCAUUACCACUGACCUAUGCUCUUGUAUCCAUCAAGCUUGCAUAGAAUUUAAUCUCAUUUGGUAACAGACUUCAGUGUCCUGUUGCACUGCUUUGGAUUUCAGAAUGGGCUGACUCUUAGUAGUCUUAGUUGUAUGCGUUCUAGUUUUGUUGCGGCAGUGACUUUUCUCAGUCAUAUGGUAACCACACACACCAUGUUGUUCAUCAUUUUAACAAGGCUAGCCUUAAAUUAGUUACUUUCAGAUCUGACCUUACAGACUGGGUUGAAGCAACCCAUCUCCUAAAUAAUCUAAAUAGUGUCAAUUGGGGUGAUAAAACUACUACAAUAACUUUUUUUGUAAUCCAUGGACAUGGUUUUAUAUUUGCAGAUCUGGCAUUGACUAUGUGAAAUUCACUGUAUUGCUUACUUAACUUGCCUAAACUGCUUUUUAAAAAAUAUCUUGAGAUACUCUUCUGCCAAUAUUUAACCUCUUUAAAAUUACCAGACUUCUACUUGUCUGACCAGCUGGAGCCUAAAAUUGAGUGUUCUUUGAAUUUAAAGCUGAAUCCUUGUGUUUCAUGUGUCCCCUUCAGAUCAUGUGUUUUUCAUUCACUUCUUUGGCUGAAAAAUGCAGUUGAAGAGGAAAGAUUUUAAUUACUUUUCACCGAUCUUCAAACCACAUUAGUGUUCAUUUUUUCAACUGAAUCACUGCAUUUAAAAUUAAUUUGAUCAAGAAGAUAUUGUCUUCUAAUUCUACCAUCACAUUAACAUUUUUGUGGCUUUCUCCUCGGAUUCUCUGAACAUUGACAGCUUGUUCAAUCAUCAAUACUAUCGCUCUUCCAUCACCAGAUCUUGACUUAUUCUUUUUAUCACUGGCCCUGCUUAACUAAGACAAUCACAUGUGACUGUCUGCUUUUGUGUACAUUCUUUUCCCCAAGUCAGACAAAAAUUAACUUUGUUGCAUAUCCCAUGAACUUGGGUGUUUGUUAUCUUUGUGAUGCAAUUAUUUUUUUUUUACAUUUUAAAAAUUAUAUCUAUAAGAACCACAUGUACCUCUUUUUAUCAUAUUUUAAAGUCUUCAAGGUGGAAGGGUUGUGAGACAUAAGUAGUAGACGGACCAACAUAAUGUUGCCUAUUGAAUACAUUUUCUCAUUGUAUUGUGAAUUUUGAAUGUGAAUUGCACAAUUAAUUACUUGAUGAAGAAUUAUGUCUAUGUUGCAUGUUGAAUUUGUACUUUAUGUAAAUAUAUAUUUUUGGCCAAUACAGUCAUCAAAAGUCGACAGAA